AGCCCUAUUCGCUGUGUGUUUACAACAAUCUGCCGGGGGUGGGAGAGUCCAACCAGCUCGGGGGAGGUGAGGGGAAGAUGCUUAGGCGUUCAUUCCUCCGAAAAGACUGCCAACCAGCCAGUCCCUCUAGUCGUUUUCUUUGCAGACCCCCCACCUGCUGGAACACUUAGGGAAGGACCCGGGAGACUCUGGACUAGAGGCAGGUGACAUGAAGGGAGCCUGGCUUCACUCCUGAAGAGAGUUUCCCAGUGGCGGAAGUGAGUGUGAAAUGCUUACCCUGGCUCUCCCAUGAACAAGCAGUUACCCGAAGGCAAGAUGACCCUGGAGUACAGGAAUGUCUGUGUCCUGCUGCCCAACCGAGAUCAACUCAGGUUAAGCAUUGGGGUAAAAGCCACAGGAAGAGAGCUUUUCCAGCAGGUGUGUGACUUGUUGAGCAUUAAAGAACCCCACUUCUUUGGCCUGAGUGUUGUUCGAAACAAUGAAUACGUAUUCAUGGACCUAGAGCAAAAGCUCAGCAAAUACUUUCUGAAGGACUGGAAGAAAGAGAUAUAUAAAGGAAAUGAGAAGUCCAACCCUCCUUUUGUUGCCUUCUUCAGAGUACAAUACUAUGUGGAAAAUGGGAGAAUUAUAAGUGACAAGGUCGCAAGACGUCUGUACUACCACCACCUCAAGGAGCAGGUGCUGAGGUCCCAGUGUACCCACAAGGAGGAAGUCUACUUCCUGUUGGCUGCCUAUGGGCUGCAAGCAGACUUGGGCAACUACAGAGAGAGCACACAUGUGGGGAAAUAUUUUGAACCUCAUUCCUACUUCCCUCAGUGGAUUAUCACAAAGAGAGGGAGGGACUACAUCCUAAAACACGCUCCAGAGAUUCACCGAGAGCAGCAGGGGAUGACCACCAGAGAGGCCGUGUUGAAGUUCAUCAAGGAGUCCUGUCUGCUGGAAGAUGUGCCUGUUCAUUUUUUCAAGUUACAAAAGGAUAAGAAGGAAGAUCGACCAACAAUUGUCCUGGGUCUGACCCUAAAAGGAAUGCACAUUUAUCAGGAAGUAAACCAUUCUCGGCAGCUUCUCUAUGACUUCCCCUGGUCACAUGUUGGAAAGCUGGCAUUUCUUGGGGAAAAAUUUGAGAUCCAGCCAGAUGGUUUGCCUUCUGCUCGGAAACUGGUCUACUAUACUGGCUGUCCGUUCCGCUCCCGGCACUUACUCCUGUUACUCAGUACCAGCCAUCGGCUCUACCUGCAUGUCCAGCCAGUGCUGAAACAGAUCCGGCAGCUGGAAGAAGCAGAAGAGAAGAAGCGUUACCGAGAGUCGUACAUCAGUGACACUCUGGAGAUGGACCUCGACCAGUCAGACAAACACUCUCAUGGGAGUGGGAGCAGCAGAGGCAGUGGUCGGAACCACCACCGGCUCUCCCACCACUCAACGGAUAGCCACGGCAGCUCCCACACUUCUGGCAUCGAGGCUGACUCCAGACACCGUGUAUCCGUGGAGAUGUCUGUGGAUGAGCCCUUUGGCAUGGAGCUGGGCCACGAGGUGGAGGUGAUGGUAGAUGGGCCAGAGGCGGUGACAAUAGAUGAUCCAUUGGAGAAUAACCGAUUGGACAAGGCAACCAAAGGAGUGUCAGCAGCUCCAUUGACUGGUGGGUUGCAUGGCUGUAAAGCCUCUCACCAGGAACCCUUUGCUGUGGUGCAGAUAACACUGGUCAAGAUGAGGGGUCAGAGUGUUGAAGCCCUUAACCAGCUCAGAGAGAUCAAAGCCAGGGAGGGCUCAGACCAGCACAGCCAGAGCCUGGACGACGUCCGCCUCUACCAGCAGCGGCAUCCACCCCUGGGCGCCAAUCUUUCUUCUCCCACGUCUCACAGCUACACUUUUGGCUGUGCCCUAGAGGACAAGCUGGCUACUUAUGGCUGUGUAUACUCCACAGCCGACUGUAAGACCAAGUCUGCCCUCUAUGGGAAGAGAUCUAUGAACUGCCUCUCCCUGGAUCUUCUGGGAGAAGACCAGGUCCCAGAAGAAUUUGUAGUCUAAGCCAAGUUGCCACAGUGUGGAGGUGGUUUGUGGUAUGGUAGCCUAUGAGUGAAAAGAGAAGAGGUCACCUCAGGUCUUAUGAAUAACUGUAAAAAUAAAUCAUCUUCCUCACUGAGGGAGAGCGUGACAUGGUGCUCACCUUCGCCAAGACAACCAGAGUGUACAUGAUUCACAGAGCAAAUUUUGGCACCAGUCCCUCCCUGACCUAGACACUGCCCCAACAGUUUAUUCCAAUUCCUUGGGCAGCCUCCAGGCAUACACAAACCCUCCAUCUGGUGUCAGCAUUCAUCAGUAUCUUCUACAAGGUUCCAGGAAAGGAGCAAAUCUCCAUCUGAACUUUAAAUGCCCUUUGUGUGUGGUAUAUUAAUGUUUUUUAGACAGGUCUUGAAGGUAACUGGGCGGUUCAAAUCAACAAUUAUUCAUUAAACACCUAUGACAUGCAAGACAUUGUACUAGGCACCGGGGCUGUAGACAAAAACUGAAACAGUACUUGCCCAUUAGGAGCUUAUGUUCUCCUGGACCACAAUAGGUGCUUUGGAUUCAGUUGCAAUGGUGUUCUAGUCCUUCCAGAUAUAUACUGAAACCAAACUCUAGGUUCCCACUGGUAACAGAGCCUGAGUGGCCUCUUUCUUAAUUUCUCUCUUUCUUCUUGCCUUAUGACCAACCAAGGGGGGAAGAAAGGUUUCUUAGGAAAAUCAAGAACUUUUGUCCUUUGAGGAUAUUUAGUCUUUGGAAAGUGAAGGGGAGUGGAAGGGAGCAGCAUAAGGCAAGAAAUGUGUCAACAAUGAUGAGUAUUAGGCUCAGAAUGAAGAGCCCUGGGAUGUCAGAGCUUCAUCUCUGUGCCCCUAACUCACUGAGGCUAGCCAGCUGGGUAGCUUCUGUACCACUGAAGAUUUUCCAUUUAAUGACUGUAGAAGGUCAGCUGUGCUUGAAUGGAAAGGGUCCUGCAAUUAUGCGUUUAAAUCAUAACACAACUUUGACUUCAGGAGUGUAUGUUUUGUUUGUGUGGAUCCUGUUUUCAAGAGAGUGGGAAGGUUGGUUACCCUGCACAGGAAGGGUCCCAAAUCAGACUUGGCUGUUGCUUAAUAGCAUGCAUCAUAGUGUUUGUUGCAGGGGGCCAUUCAAGCUUACUGGUUCCAUUUCAAAUGACUUUUUUGAAACUCUAGCUGAUCACAAAUUUCUCAAUUUUGUAGAAGUCUAGCAUGCAUUAUGAAAUCUGAAAGUUCCUUCAACCAUGUAUGUCAAUGCAAAGACAGACAGGCAGAGUCCAGCAUCCAAUGAUCGCCUUCUAUUCCACCAACACCUGUCAGGUGACAUGAUUGCAACCAAACUUGUUUUUUCGCAUUUGAGGACCUUGAGAGAUUAUUGGACAAGAAACCAGUGUAGUUCUUGACCAUAAAGUUAACCUUCCAGGGUUUUCUGAGUCUUUUAAAGUGAUAACAAGUAAAUGAGAUCAACUAGCCAUUCUACUGAGUCUCCUCAGCAGAAUAGUUCUUAGAGAAGCCUAUGCAACUUUGUUAGUAAUUAGGCCAUUCUGUGCAUCCAUCACUCUAAUAACUGACUUUUCUUUUUUCCCUUUCUUCUUUCUUUUCUCCAUUCUUUCCUCUCUUCCUCCAUCCUUCCCUUCUUCCUUGCCUCCCUCCCUCUCUCUCUCCCUUCCAGCAGAUUUGUUGAAAUAAGAUAUACAACAUCCUGAUGGUCUGUGAAAUGGGGGCAGGCCUGUGGAAUUUCCACCUUUGUAGUCAGUGGCCAGUAUGUUAUUAAGAAGUUAAUAGAGGGCUCUUGGGAAAUUCCAGCUGCCAUUCACCAGCUGGUUUUGCCACAGCCCCUGCUUUGUGGUAGAACACCGAAUGAGUUUAGAAUCUGAACACAGACUCCUCAAGCUGGGGAAACUGGCCUUUCUACAGCCACCAUUGCUGGCUCCAGUACAUGUAUAGACAAACUGAGUAAUUUCCCAUCUUGUCACUGCCUUCUUUUCACUCCAAUACCUACCUACUCCCAAUUCAGCAAUUCUUAAUUUAAAUGAGUUUAUCUCUAGGUCAAGUAGUUUGUUGACAGUCAUCUGCUGGGGCUUCCAAUUAUUCAUGUAGUAGAAUUUCUUGGAAAACUUCAAUGGUCAGAUAUGAGUACGAAUGAUGAAUUUGCUUCCCUGAAUUAUAGUCACUAUCAAGGAAUUAGCUAACUAGGCAAUAACACACAGUUCAUCUUAUACGUGGGCAGGAAUGGGGUGAAGGUCUGUCAGGCUGGAGGAAGAUGAUAGUCUACUUUGGGGUGCAAUAUGGCACCAUCAAUCCUGAGGCAUUAGAACUGUGCAUGUGUGCAUAUAGAGUCCCAGGGAUUCUCCUACUAUUUAUUAUUGUACUCCUUCAGUCUCCCAGUAGCUUCAAAGGGUUGUACCCCUUCUGCCUCCCCAGUUCGUGACAAAAAAGAAAACAUUCUCUCUCCGACUUCCCUACAGGCUCUCCUCUGAGAGUGAGUCAGACUCGAUUACAGGUGGCCAUUCUCCCGAUGUCAUCCAUCAACUUGUCAUCAUUUGGUUAUUUGCUGUGUAGGCCUUUCAAAGACAUGGAUCAUUUUAAUAGACAGGCCUGUCUGCAUCACCUGAUGGGAAAGUGGAGGUUUGCAUUUAUUUGUGUUCUUUCCUGAAAGGACACGGAAAGAAGGUGGUUUUCUAUUCAGGGCUCCUUCAAAGGGCAGGAGCAACAUGACUUCUGCUUUGUCUUCAGAGUGGCCCCUUCUGCUUGCUUUUAAGUAGAGCUCUGUUGGGGGGGAAUGCUUUACUUUGAGUUAUAUAGCAGGGAUUUCAAAAUGCUGGUGGUCCAUGUAUAUUUUUUAAUUUAUUUGUAGUUCCCCUUGGGCUGUUGUCCCCUCCCUCCACAUCACCACAGAGAUAUUGUCACCCCACUUGUACUUUGGACAAGGAAGAUAGUACUCAUUUUUGUUUAGACAGAAUUGAUCUAUAUUUUAUAUCCCUAAAGUAUUAAUAUUGAAUCACUGUGAAACCAUUCUUAUGCAAGGUUUUUGUAACCAUGGGACAUUAUUAUCUUUAUUAGUGCUAUAUUUCGUAUCUUGAUUAUACCUGGUUCACAUUGUUCAUAUUAAAGCUUUUGUGGGGGGUGGGGGGUGGGCAGGGCAGACAUUUAAUACACAGUGUUCUGGAUGGCUUAUACUGCUGUGCUAUCUUCACAGAGUUCUCUGUACUGGAAAGUAUCGCUUCUCCUUUCUGUGAAAGGAAUCUUUGUAUAUACCAUGCACAUGUAAUAAAGAAGUGAAAAAUGUC